CAAACCACAUCAAAUUCUCCACCAUUCACGUCUGCUUCUCUCUCAUAUAAUUUUUGUGAUUAAUAAAUACUACAUUUUGCUACUCAAUUUUAUUUCCUCUUCUUUCCUUUCUUAUUAUCUCUUACAAAGCAUACACAAAAAGUUUAGCUUGAUAUUAGGGAUUUUUUCAUCUCUUUUGAUAAAAUAAAAAUCUGGGUUUUGUUAAUCAGUCAAGUUUCUCAUCUGGGUAUCUUUUAGUUUUUGGAAAUUUGUAUUUUUGAGGGAGAAAUUUGGUUGUUCCUAGAGAGAGAAAACAGAGUAGAAACAGGGGAGGAAAAAAACAGAGUGAAGAGUAAAGAUGAAAAUUCAGUGUGAUGUUUGUGAGAGAAAUCCAGCGACGGUAAUUUGUUGUGCAGAUGAAGCGGCCCUUUGUGCAAAGUGUGAUACAGAAGUUCAUGCAGCAAAUAAGCUUGCUAGUAAGCAUCAGAGACUUCAGCUUAAUCAGCUUUCUAGCAAACUCCCUACUUGUGACAUUUGCCAGGAAAAGACUGCAUUUAUUUUCUGUGUAGAGGACAGAGCCCUUUUCUGUCAGGAUUGCGAUGAAUCAAUUCAUGCGGCUGCUACUCUAGCCGCAAACCAUCAGAGAUACUUAGCCACUGGUAUACGUGUAGCACUGGGCUGCCUCUCAAAGUGCAAAAAUGAAACUGAAAAUAACUGCACAGAGCCAUCCAACCAAAAUGAACAACAGGUUGCCUCCUUAAAACAAACAGUUCAACAGCCUGCCGCCUUUUCACCUCCCUCAUCAUGGGCUGUAGAUGAUUUCUUGGAGUUUCCUGAUUUUGAAUCUGCCAAUAAGAAACUAGGAGAGUUCGACUGGUGGUCAGAUGUAUUCGGUGAGCAAAUUCCUCACGAAGCGUUAGCAGCAGCUGAAGUACCUCAACUUCCAAUGUCGAUACCAAGCAGCAAUACAAUACAAUACAGACCUCCUAAGAUGAGCAUGCCCAACAAAAAGCCUAGAAUAGAGAUAAGUCAUGAUGAUGACGAUGAGUACUCAAUCGUCCCUGAUCUUGGUUACUAGCAAACUGUACUUAAGCCUCUAGCUUGCCAAUAGCAAAGUUUUCGAUGAUUGCUAUAGUACAAUAUGCUAGUAAUUAAUAAUGCAUGUGUAAAUGGUUGCAAAAGUUUGGAGCUAGCUGUAAAAUUGGAUGAUGCUUACUAACUAUGAGGUUUGUAAUUAAAUCUUUUAUAAGCCUGUACGUGGUUUUGAGGUAUGAAAAUUUUCAGAUAAACUUAUUGGACAGGACACUACGU